CAGAACCCAGCUGUGUGUCUCUGAAGAGUGACAGAUCAUUGCAUCAUCCUCCUGACCUCAGUGAUGAACCGGUGACCUCUGACCCCAGGAUGGGCAGACAAAGAAUAUCAUCUCCAGAACCCAGCUGUGUGUCUCUGAAGAGUGACAGAUCAUUGCAUCAUCCUCCUGACCUCAGUGAUGAACCGGUGACCUCUGACCCCAGUAGGAGGAAGAUAUCUUCAUUCCCUGAACCCAGUUAUGUUUCUCUGAAGAGUGACAGAUCAUUGCAUCAUCCUCCUGACCUCAGUGAUGAACCGGUGACCUCUGACCCCAGCAAUGUGGAUAGAGAUGAUCAGACUGGAGAUCCUCCACAACCAGUGAAUGAUGAACUACAGAGAGUCAAAGAGCAGCACAAAACCAGCAUGAAGAACAAGUAUGAGAGAUUAUUUGAGGGACUGAAACUCCAGGAGAAUGAAAGCCUCCUGAACAGCAUCUACACACAGCUCUACAUCAUAGAGGGAGAGAGAGAAGGAGUGAAUGAAGAACAUGAGGUUUUACAGAUGGAGAAAACAGCCAGAACACAACACUCACAAGACACUCCAAUCUACUGCAAUGACAUCUUUAAAGCCUCAGCUGAAGCAGGAUCUGAGGAGAAAGAGCAGAUCAAGACUGUUCUUACUAAAGGCAUCGCUGGAAUCGGAAAAACCGUCUCUGUGCAGAAGUUCAUUCUGGACUGGGCCGAGGGAAAAGCCCAUCAGGAUGUAGAUUUCAUGUUUGUGCUGCCAUUUCGAGAGCUGAACUUGAUCCGAGAUCAUCAGUACAGUCUUCACAGACUUCUACUGGACUUUCAUCCUGGACUUCAAGAUCUGGACUCACUGAUUUAUGAGGAGUGUAAAGUUGUGUUCAUCUUUGAUGGUCUGGAUGAAAGCAGAAUCACACUGAUGUUUUCAGAGGCUCAGAAAGUUUGUGAUAUGACUGAGACUGCAUCAGUGGCUGUGUUGAUGUCAAAGCUCAUGAAAGGAGAGCUGCUUCCCUCUGCUCUCAUCUGGAUCACCUCCAGACCAGCAGCAGCCAAUCAGAUCCCCUCCAAAUACAUCCACCGUCUGACAGAAAUUCAGGGAUUCACGGAGCCUCAGAAGGAGGAAUAUUUCAGGAAGAGAAUCAGUGAGCAGCAUCAAGCCAGCAGAAUCAUCUCACACAUCAGAAGAGCAAGAAGCCUCAACAUCAUGUGCCACAUCCCCGUCUUCUGCUGGAUCUCAUCCACUGUGCUUCAGAAGCUCCUGGAAGAAGAUCUGAGUGCAGAAAUCCCUCAAACUCUGACUGAAAUGUACAUCCACUUCCUGCUGAUUCAGAUCAACAUGAGGAACCAGAAGUAUGAAGAGAGACAUCCAGAGAAACUCCUGCAGUCCAACAGAGAAGUGAUUGUGAAACUUGCUGAAGUGGCUUUCAAACAGCUGAUGAAGGGCAAUGUGAUGUUCUAUGAGGAGGACCUGAUGGAGAGCAGCAUAGAUGUCACUGACGCCUCAGUGUAUUCUGGGAUUUGCACUGAGAUCUUUAAGGAGGAAUCUGUGAUUCAUCAGAGGAAAGUCUACAGCUUCAUUCAUCUGAGCAUUCAGGAGUUUCUCGCUGCUUUCUAUCUGCUUUACUGCUAUUUAACAAAGAAUGUGGAGCCACUGCAUGAAUUCAGAUCUUACAGAUCUGAUGAAGACUCUCUGUAUAAUCUACUAAGAUCAGCAGUAAUUAAAGCACUCCAGAGUGAGAAUGGAGAGCUGGAUCUGUUCCUGCGGUUCCUGCUGGGCGUCUCACUGGAGUCCAAUCAAAGACUCUUACAGGAUCUACUGACACACACAGAGAACAGCUCCGAGAGCAUCAGGAGAACCACACAGUACAUUAAAGAGAAGAUCAAAGAUGAUGAUGAUGAUUAUCCUUUCUCAGCUGAAAGAUCCAUCAAUCUGUUCCUCUGUCUGCUGGAAGUGAAAGAUCAGACUCUGUCCAGAGAGAUUCAGGAGUUUGUGAAAUCAGACAAACACUCAGAGAAACUCUCUCCUGCUCAAUGCUCAACAAUCGCUUACAUGCUUCAGAUGUCAGAGGAGCCUCUGGAUGAGCUGAACCCCAUGAAAUACAACACAUCAGAUGAGGGGAGAAGAAGACUGAAUUCAGCUGUGAUCAACUGCAGAAAAGCUCUAUUUUCUGGCUGUGAUCUCUCAGAUCAGCAUUAUGAAAUUGUGUCUUCAGCUCUACAAUCUUCAAACUCUGUCCUGAGAGAGCUGGAUCUGAGUAACAGUCACCUGCAGGACUCUGGUGUAGAGUUUAUUUCUGAUGGACUGAAGAGUCCAAACUGUCAGCUGCAGAUACUGAGUCUUGCUGGCUGUAAUCUACCUGCUCAGUGUUGUGAGAGUUUGUCAUCAGUUCUUCAAUCCUCAAACUGUGUCCUGAGAGAGCUGGAUCUGAGUAACAGUCACCUGCAGGACUCUGGUGUAAAGUUUAUUUCUGAUGGACUGAAGAGUCGAAACGGUCAGCUGCAGAUACUGAGUCUUGCUGGCUGUAAUCUCCUUAUUCAGUGUUGUGAGAGUUUGUCAUCAGCUCUACAAUCCUCAAACUGUGUCCUGAGAGAGCUGGAUCUGAGUAACACUGACCUGCAGGACUCUGGUGUAAAGUUAAUUUCUGAUGGACUGAAGAGUCCAAACUCUCAGCUGCAGAUACUGAGGUUGUCUGGCUGUAUGGUGACAGAGGAAGGCUGUGGUUAUUUGUCUUCAGCUCUGAGUUCAAACCCCUCACACCUGAGAGAGCUGGAUCUGAGCUACAAUCACCCAGGACAAUCAGGAGUCCAGCUGCUCAAACACAAACUGCAGGAUCCAAAUUAUAAACUGCAGAUACUCAAUGUGGAUCAUGGAGGAGAGAUCAGGAUGACAGCAGGACCACGAAAGUAUGCCUGUGAUCUCACACUGGAUCCAAACACAGCACACACUGAACUCAUUCUGUCUGAUGAGAACAGGAAGAUCAGACGUGUGUUUGAGGAUCAGCCGUAUCCUGAUCAUCCGGAGAUAUUUGAUGAUGCUCCUCAGGUUCUGUGUGUUGAGAGUCUGACUGGACGCUGUUACUGGGAGGCUGAAUGGAGAGGAGAUUAUGCUGCUAUAUCAGUGUCAUAUAAAGGAGUCAACAGGAAAGGAGGGAGUGACUGUUUGUUUGGAUUCAAUGACAAAUCCUGGAAUCUGUACUGCUCUGAUAACAGAUUCACUGUCUGGCACAAUUAUAACAGAACUGAUUUACCUGUGGUCCGUUCAUCCUCUAAUAGAGCAGGAGUGUAUCUGGACGUGUCGGCCGGCUCUCUGUCCUUCUACAGCGUCUCUGACACACACACACUCACACACUUACACACACUCACACACUUACCCACAUUCAGCACCACAUUCACUGAACCCCUCUGUGCUGGGUUUAGAGUUGAUUAUGGUUCUUCAGUGUCUCUGUGUGAUAUUAAACGAUAGAGAGACUCUCUGUAAAUCCUCUUUCUGAUGUUCACAUGCACACAAACUCAUCAAAUCUCACAUCAUUACAUUUCUAUUAAUUCAUUUUUAAUUAGUUUUUCAUUGUCAUCCAGAAGUUUUAAAUCUAGAUCAGACGCAUGCUGAUCUGAAUCUUAAAGAAACAAUAUGUUUGCUUUAAUAUUUAUAUUGUAAACUGAUCAUCAAAUGUAAUAAAAGUAAAUUGGAGUCAUUUAAUCAUGAAGUGUUACUGAGAUCAGCAGAAUGAAACACAGAGUGUUCUGUUCUCUAUCAUAAAUAGAUGGACGAUUAAGCCGAUAUAGUUGCGUACUCUUUAUUGAAUACUGCAAAACUCAC